CCCCUCCCUUUCCAACCCCCUUCAAACACCAAACACAAAACAAACAUCCAAAUGCCCAAAAACACAUAGAAUUUUUCAUAUUCUAAUUCCUGUUUGGGGGAAAGAUCCGCGUACAUGCAGAGAUCCCCCAAAUGGGUAUUUUCAGCUCCAAACACAAAACUUCACCCAAAAACAAAGAAAUCCCCAUGGCUGCGGCUAAACCCAACAACGAUAACGCAAUAGAAAAAACAGGCAAGAAGAAGAAUCAUAAUGCUGGAGAGAAAAAGUCCACAUUUUUCGCGUUUUACCCGGGUAAGUAUGUGUUCUCUAAGAAAGGGACAAAUGCAACGCCUAAGAGGCUUUUUAGGCGCGCGUUUGCGCCUUUGUCCCCCGCGCAACACAUGAAAGGUGUGCUUGCGCGGAGGACAGGGAAAGGUGGCGGGGAGGAAAAGUUGAAUAAGAGUUUUGGGUUUUCGAAGCAUAUUGGCCAUAAGUAUGAUAUUGGGGAGGAGGUUGGCAAAGGGCAUUUUGGGCAUACACGUCGGGCGAAAUGCAAGAAGGGGGAAUUUAAAGGUCAACAAGUUGCUGUUAAGAUUAUUCCUAAGAAAAAGAUGACUACAGCCAUUGCCAUUGAGGAUGUUCAUCGGGAGGUAAAGAUACUAAGGACUUUGACAGGACAUAGCAAUCUAAUAAACUUUUAUGAUGCAUACGAGGACCAUAAUUUUGUCUUCCUUGUAAUGGAGUUAUGUGACGGAGGAGUGCUUUUAGAUAGAAUACUUUCAAGGGGCGGAAAAUACACGGAAUAUGAUGCUAAGGGGGUGUUAAUACAAAUGUUGACAGUUGUUGCGUUUUGUCAUCUUCAAGGUGUGGUUCACCGGGACUUAAAGCCCGAGAACUUCUUAUUUGCAACGAACGACAACGACGCAAGAUUGAAGGCCAUAGAUUUUGGUUUGUCAGACUUUGUCUGUCCAGAGAAAAAGCUGGAUGACAUUGUUGGUAGCGCAUACUAUGUUGCUCCCGAGGUUCUACAAAGGUCAUAUAGUACAGAAGCUGAUGUAUGGAGCACUGGCGUUAUAGCUUAUGUUCUUUUGUGUGGCAACCGUCCCUUUUGGGGUAGAACCGAGUCUGGGAUAUUUCGAUCGGUGCUAAAAAAUGAACCACAUUUUGAUGAAGCCGUGUGGUCAAACUUAUCGUUUGAGGCCAAAGAUUUUGUCAAAACUUUAUUGAAUAAGGAUCCUAGGAAACGAUUAACCGCUGCCCAAGCUUUAUGCCAUCCGUGGAUUCGAAAUGAUAAUGAAGUUAAAACGCCAUUUGAUAUUUCAAUACUGAAGUUUCUGAAACGUUAUAUUUGUGCAUCGAAUCUGCGUAAAUCAGCUUUACGGGCUCUAUCGAAGACCUUAAUUUUUGAUGAAUUAGUCUACUUGAAGGAGCAGUUUUCAUUGUUAGAACCAAGCGUAAACGGAUUCAUAAGUGUCGAAAAUUUAAAAACGCCCUUGAUGAAAUACACGACAGAAGCAAUGAAGGAGUCUGGUGUCCAUGAGUUCCUAGAGUCGCUUUGCAGCCUUCAAUAUAGGAGGAUGGACUUUGAGGAGUUCUGUGCAGCUGCCCUUCGUGUCCAUCAACUCGAGGGUCUUGAUCGAUGGGAAAGGCAGAGUCGCGACGCCUAUGAAAUAUUUGAGAAAGACGGUAACAGACCUAUUGUACAUGAAGAACUAGCUUCUGAAUUGGGCCUCGGCCCAGCAAUUCCGGUUCGUGAUGUUAUGGUUGACUGGAUUAGGCAGAGUGAUGGACACCUAACUUAUAUCGGAUUCGUUAAAGUGUUGCAUGGUAUGACAAGUAGGAACUUAGCCAAAUCUCAAUAACAGUCUUAAGAGUUUGAACCCUGUAUAGACCGGGUUUUGGUGUCUAGAGCCGGUUAACACUCAUCGAAUUGUAAAUCCGCCUGCUUGAACAUUUUUUAUUUUA